CCUGCUGCCCUCAGCGCAAGCCUCCUAUCCGAAAAAGGGGCCGCAGGGAUUUCCUCGUCCUCCCCGACUGGCCGCGCCCCCAACAGCGCAGCGCCCUCCGGGCCCGCUGGAGGUGAGGGAGGUGCUGCCUGCCCGUCCCUCUGUCUUCUCCUCCCCCUGGUGCUCCCCACCCUCCACUCUCCUCCCUCCUUCUGUCGACUCCUCCUGCCGCUGCUGCUGCUUUGGCUGCUGCGUCAUACGCCCCAGAGCCGCCAGGACGGAGGGGCUGGGCCCGGGGACCCCCUGGCCUCCGCCUGCACACCCCCCGGCGCUCACAUUCAGUUUUCCCGCACCGGAGACUCAUCCAGGUCUCUUGAGUCUGACCCUACCUGGCUUCCAGCUGCCCCAGCUGUCAACGACUCUAACCUCCUAUCUUGGAAUAGGCCCCCCCAGGAUGCAAUGGCGCAGCUCCCCCGGCUGAGCCGUUUGGGUGCCCCCUCUCUUUGGGAUCCGGCUUCCCCUGCUCCCACCUCAGGCCCCAGACCUCGGCUUUGGGAAGGCCAAGAUGUGCUGGCCAGAUGGACUGAUGGGCUGCUGUACUUGGGUACCAUCAAAAAGGUGGACAGUGCUCGAGAGGUGUGUCUGGUCCAGUUUGAGGACGAUUCCCAGUUUCUGGUUCUAUGGAAGGAUAUCAGCCCAGCUGCCCUCCCUGGGGAGGAGCUGCUCUGUUGUGUGUGUCGCUCUGAGACCGUGGUCCCUGGGAACCGGCUGGUCAGCUGUGAGAAGUGUCGCCACGCUUAUCACCAGGACUGUCACGUUCCCAGGGCCCCGGCCCCUGGAGAAGGCGAGGGCACAUCCUGGGUGUGCCGCCAGUGUGUCUUUGCGAUCGCCACUAAGAGGGGAGGCGCACUGAAGAAGGGUCCCUAUGCCCGGGCCAUGCUGGGCAUGAAGCUCUCCCUGCCAUACGGACUGAAGGGGCUGGAUUGGGAUGCUGGACAUCUGAGCAACAGACAGCAGAGCUACUGCUACUGUGGAGGCCCUGGGGAGUGGAACCUGAAAAUGCUGCAGUGCCGGAGCUGCCUCCAGUGGUUCCAUGAGGCCUGCACCCAGUGUCUGAGCAAGCCCCUCCUCUAUGGAGACAGAUUCUAUGAAUUUGAGUGCUGUGUGUGCCGGGGCGGCCCUGAGAAGGUCCGGAGGUUACAGCUUCGCUGGGUGGAUGUGGCCCAUCUUGUCCUCUACCAUCUCAGCGUUUGCUGUAAGAAGAAAUAUUUUGAUUUUGACCGGGAGAUCCUCCCCUUCACCUCUGAGAACUGGGACAGUCUGCUCCUGGGGGAGCUCUCAGACACUCCCAAGGGAGAGCGCUCUUCCCAGCUCCUUUCUGCUCUUAACAGCCACAAGGACCGUUUCAUUUCAGGGAGGGAGAUUAAAAAGAGGAAAUGUCUUUUUGGCCUCCAUGCUCGGGCCCCUCCUCCUGUGGAGCUUCUCACUGGAGAUGGAGCCCCCACCAGGUCACUGGUCCAGGGGGGAUGGGGAAAAUUCUCAAGGAUCUGUUUGGAGGAUGCAUGGCAGGGCCCUGGGGGAGGGGUCUCACGUCCCCUGGGGAAACGACGGAGGUCCGAGCCAGAACCCUUGAGGAGGAGGCAGAAGGGGAAAGUGGAGGAACUGGGGCCACCCACAGCAGCGCACAGUCGGCAUGGGUCCCGGGAGCAGAGGGCCCUGCAGGCCUCGGUGUCUCCACCACCCCCCAGCCCUAACCAGAGCUACGAGGGCAGCAGCGGCUACAACUUCCGGCCCACAGACGCCCGCUGUCUGCCCAGCAGCCCCAUCCGGAUGUUUGCCUCCUUCCACCCUUCUGCCAGCACUGCAGGGACCUCUGGGGACAGUGAACCCCCAGACAGGUCACCUCUGGGGCUUCACAUUGGCUUCCCCACAGACACCCCCAAAAGUUCACCCCACUCAGUGACGGCCUCAUCUUCCUCGGUCCUAGCCCUGACCCCAGGCCUUUCCAGACAUUCACUACCCCCUUCUCCCUUGUGCCGUAGUCUGUCUCCGGGGACUGGGGGAGGAGUCCGAGGUGGGGUUAGCUACCUGUCCCGAGGGGACCCUGUCAGGGUUCUUGCUCGAAGAGUGCGGCCUGACGGCUCUGUGCAGUACCUAGUUGAGUGGGGAGGAGGGGGCAUCUUCUGACCGCCCGCUUCUGCUCCCCUCCCCAUUCACACACUGGCACUUUCAUGCCCUGACCUCUGACCUCACCUACAGCUGGGAUGUACCUGGAGAGACAGGGAGUGGUUCUCCCUCCUGCCCAGGCUGGAAUCCAGGGGGAGUGAAGAGGUCCUCUUCUCUGCCCCUCAUGACUCCUCCCCCGCAUUUCCUUUGAUGUUAUUUUGUUACAGCUUUUGAGAUAUUUUUUAAGACUAUUUAACCCCUGGGAUUAGAGAUGGGGGGUGGGCGGUCCAGGAUUCCAGACUGUAUGACUGUAAUAAAGAUAAAUAAACCUAGCAGGCAUGAGUCGUUUUGAAAGAUGGACAGAGGCGCUCUCGAUCUUCCCAACCACAUCCAUGUCACAAGAGAAAAAGGCAUCAGGAGCAGGAUUUAUUGGGGGCUCGGUCAUCACAUGGAAGCCAGGGGCAUUAAACAGA